AGAGUUGUCCUGUGACAUCUCCAGCUCAGCAUAGUUAUGGCAUCGGGGAUACCUGUUGCAUUAGGGGUCUUGGCCCUGUGCUGGUCUCUGGCCACCGUCAAUCCUCUUCCUCUGGCUGGCACCCACGGGAAUGCUGCUGAAGGUGGGAGUGAGACCAAGCUGGACACAAAUGUGAUUGAACACUGUUCAGAUGGCUGGAGCUUUGAUGCCACCACUCUUGAUGACAAUGGGACAAUGCUGUUUUUUAAAGGUGAGUUCGUGUGGAAGGGUCAUAAAGCAGUCCGGGAGUUGAUCUCAGAGAGGUGGAAGAAUUUCACCAGUUCUGUGGAUGCUGCCUUCCGCCAUGGUCACAACAAUGUCUUCCUGAUCAAGGGGGACAAAGUCUGGGCAUAUACAUCUGAAAAGGAGAAAGGUUAUCCAAAGCCACUCCAAGAUGAAUUUCCUGGAAUCCCAUUCCCAUUGGAUGCAGCUGUGGAAUGUCACCGUGGAGAAUGUCAGGAUGAAGGCAUCCUCUUCUUCAAAGGUAAUCGCAAGUGGUUCUGGGACUUUGCUACGGGAACCAAAAAGGAGCGUUUCUGGCCGGCAGUUGGCAACUGCACUUCAGCCCUGCGAUGGCUCGGCCGCUACUAUUGCUUCCAAGGCAACCAGUUCCUCCGCUUUGAUCCUGUGUCAGGAGAGGUGCCUCCUAGUUACCCUCUGGAUGUCCGAGACUACUUCAUAUCCUGCCCUGGCAGAGGACAUGCACCACGCCACAGGAACAGUACCCAACAUGGACAGAACACACACUGCAGGCAAGACCUAGUCUUUUCUGCACUAGUGUCUGACAACCAUGGUGCCACUUACGUCUUCAGUGGAUCCCACUACUGGCGUCUGGAUACCCACCGGGAUGGGUGGCAUAGCUGGCCUAUUGCUCAUCAGUGGCCACAGGGUCCUGCAACGGUGGAUGCAGCCUUCUCCUGGGAGGAUAAACUCUAUCUGAUCCAGGACACCAAGGUGUACGUCUUCCUGACAAAAGGAGGCUAUACCCUCGUAGCUGGUUAUCCAAAGCGGCUGGAGAAAGAAUUUGGAAGCCCUCCUGGGAUCAGCCUUGAGUCUGUAGAUGCAGCUUUUGUCUGUCCUGGGUCUUCUCGGCUCCAUGUCAUGGCAGGACGGCACCUGUGGUGGCUGGACCUGAAGUCGGGAGUUCAAGCCACAUGGACAGAACUUCCUUGGCCUCAUGACAAGGUUGACGGGGCCCUGUGUACAGAUAAGCCCCUGGGCCCCUAUUCAUGUUCUACCAAUGGUCCCAGCUUGUAUCUCAUCCAUGGCCCCAAUCUGUAUUGCUACAGUGAUGUGGAGAAACUGAACGCAGCCAAGAGCCUGCCCCAGCCCCAGACAGUGUUGAGACUCCUGGGCUGUACUCACUGAGGGGCUUGGUGACAUGCGUUUGGCCUAGUCCUACCUCCCUGAUUUCCUCACAAUAAAGCCACAUUCUUUUU